GUCGGGCUACUUCCUAUCACCGCGUUCAAACGUGUGGAAAAGACAUUUAUCUUUCAGAGUUACACGAAGCUGAAGUUUUGAAAUCAAAAAAUAAUUGAAAUUUGGCGGCACUUUGCCACAGUAAUAAAUAUUUGCAGUCUGACAAUCAGCAUUGCAUUGCACCUACGCACUACGUGAAUAUUUCUCAAUUGUGGUGAGAGGAGGAAACAGCGCUUGGGAAUCCGAGAGCGCUGGGAAUAGUCAGAGCCAGCCCGGAGCAAACACUUGCUGCAACUAAAAUACACCGCAAACAACUCCUAACUAUCAGUGUUAUUGGGACAGCCACAUCUGAUGGAUACAGAGGUGGAAGAAGUAAUUGAUUUUAAAGCUCUUCGAGCAAAGUUUCAAAAGUCUGAUGUAAUAAAGGUCAAGCCCAGUGGUAAACAAGCUUCUGAGGCAUCUGGAGUACCUCAUACUGAAACAGUGCUGAAUGUAACCAACGUUGACAUUUUUGAGACCAUCCGUCUUCACAAUGCUGCUGCUCAACAACUUCAUGUGAAAUCUCCUCAUCAUCCUCUUCCUCUAGCAAAACCAGCACUAGUUCCAAAGCCUGUACUUUUGAAACUCCCUGAUUGGACAAAACCUUGUGUUUCAGAAGAAAGUGGAAGAAGACCUGAAGCUCGAAUUACCUCAGAAGGAGCAUCAGUAGAGAUUAGUCCCAACAAACUCCAAAAGCCUGGAAAUCAAACAUCAGAACCCAGAAUUUUAGAAGCUAACAGAGAAGAUAAUCAACUGGACACAAUCUCAUUUAAAGAAAAAUUAAACAUUUGGGAGAAUUCUUUACGUUGCAUUGAGCAUAGUGCACCAGCUGAAAAGAUAAAGUGUGCUACGCUCCCUCCCUCAUUAUUAAGUUCAGGAUCACAUUCUUUCUUUCUAUCUAAGGCAACGUAUUGUGCUGAACCACUCUUCAGGGCCACUUCUUUUACACAAUCUAAAAAGGAAAAUCUGAGUAUGGAGCCAGAGAUGCAGAUAUCUCGUGCCAGGAGUGAAAUACUCCAACCUAAGGAGCCAACCAUGCUCAUCCAAAAUAGUGAUGAUUCUAAAACAAUUGAUGAUUGUGAAACCACUGUCCAAUCUCUUCCACCAAAACCUUAUCUUUCUACCCCACAAAUUGAUCAGGAAGGGUUCAAACUAGAUAACAACAUCACUGUGGAAUCAGAGACUUCUCCAGCGUUGCCAGACAGGUUCAUAAGAUUGGAUCUAGCUCACCAUCAAGAACCAAAAUUUCCGAUGGAUCGAGGAGAAGGAGCUGCCCAUAAGAAAGACUAUCAACAUACAUUUGUGCAAUACCGGGAGCUCCCAUCUAUUGAAGUAUUGGGACCUCCUCCAGUGAAACCACCCAGACCAUUCCAUGUAGACCUCCGUGCAUUCCAGAAUAUCAAAAUGGCCAGUUGUAGUCCAAUGGAAUCAUCUAAGAAGAAUGGCAUACCUUCGUCACCAAUAUCAUGCCCAGAGGAAUAUAAAAAUUUGAGUACUGAAAGUACACAAGUAGAAACCAAUAAUAAAAAGGAGCAGCAACACCGAGAAAUGGAGCAGAAAAAUAAAUUACAGAACAGAGAAACAAAAGAGAAACCUCAGAUUCAAGAUAAGGAACGUGAAAAUAAAGAAAAGAGAGAAAAAGAAUUACAGAGGAAAUUCAAUAUCACAGGCCUGGAAAUUCCAAUAUCUAAAGUUCAAGUGCAGCAGCAUUUAAAAGGAGGAAAACUGGGCCUCACAGCGAAACUGGGUGAAAUGGUGGAAAUUAUUCGUAUGGUUGACUGUCCUACUGGGAAGUGGUUGGCCAAAACUCAAGAUGGGAAUUAUGGUUACAUCCAAAUUGAUGCUGUGAAAAUGGAUGAUUCUGAAAUUAAGGAAAUUAGUCAAAGAAUAUUGAAACAAUCCCAGACAUUUGAGGAGAUAUAUGAUGAUGUUGGUCUGUCUGAAAUAACUGCUGAACCAUAUUCCACAUCACUAUUUCAAAGUGUUGAUUGUGGACAACCAUAUGAAACAAAGGAUGCCAAAAAAGAAUCAGAGAGAAAAAACAGUAACAGUGCAAAUAAGAUGAAUCAUUUGACAAAAAUCUUAUACAAAGGAAAAGAAAAGAAAAGAAAGGGGCAUGAAAGUCCAUCACAUAUCCUGCAAUCUGAGUUUGGACCUGCAUCAUGCAUUUAUGAUGACGCAAUAAGCAAUAUGAUGGGAAUUCAAAAACCAAGCUUUAGCAGUUCACAGAACCAUUUUGCUGAUGACGAGUCAUUACAUGAGCAAGUGUAUGAUGAUGCAGAAACAAGAAACUCUGAGACCCUUAAAGGCCGAAUGAAAGAAUUGGGAAAGCUGUUCAAGAAGGAGGUUGGUGAUGGAGAAAGGGAGAAGAAGGUAAAAAUGAGAAAAGAAAAAGGACAAGAUCAUCUCAGUGCCAAUUCAAGACCACAAUCCACUUUAUCUUUAACUGACUCGGAAAGUGGUACAAAUAGUUUGUAUGAAGAUGUUAACAAUGUAAAGGAACAUGGUGGUUUUGAAGACAGAAUACCCAAAUCAGACACAAGUAAGACUAGCUGGGAAAAUAUCUUCAGGAAGCGUGAAGAAAAUGUAAAGAGAACUGGAGAAAUAAUCACAAAUUUAGAAGAAACUGAAAGUAAUGAAGAUGGCUUCACUGCAGAUGCUAAAGUGACCAGAGAGAAGGCGAAAAGAAUAUUCAAAGGCAAGAGAAAAGAUUUAAAUGAAGAAAAGGAGAUGAAAGUGGACAAAAAGAAACUGUUAAAAGAGCAAGAAUUUAGAGAAAAUUUUAAUUAUACUAAAGAGAUAGUUGUGGAGAACAUUGCAGUUGUGGAGCACAAUGCUGUACAAGAAAAAAAAGGACCUUUUUAUUUACCCAUAAAAUCUGGAGAGAAGCUGGAUGUAAUAGAUGUCGGAGAAGGAAACCAAAUAAUCUGUCGGAAUGCUGAGGGCAAAUAUGGUUAUGUUCACGUACAACACUUAAUAUUUGGAAACCAGAAUUAAUGCUGCACUUUGGAAAGAAGGGAAUGAACAAAAUGUGAGGGGAAUACUUCGAAGAUUACAGCAAUGCAAAUCUUGGAGGGGUGCCUGGGAAUUUCCUGAAAACUUGAGCCUAAACAACAGCAUAACUAUGGCAUAAUGCCACAAAGUUAGAUGCAAAUGAAUCAUUCAUUUUUACACUAUGUACAAAUUUCCUUGUUCUUUUAUUUGCAUACUGCAGAACUACCACCAAAAUUCUCUGCCACUCAUUAACAUAGCUCUGCACCUAUCCAAAAGUACAACUCAUAUAAAUGUCUUGAAUUUAUGUUAGUUCUGAACAGGCUGUAAAUUUACUCCUAAAAUUUAUGAUCCAAAGCCAUGUUCUGGUGGUUUAUGGUGAUUCUUUAAAUUCUACUUGCUGGAACCUAAAAUGUAUUUUCUACAUUUUUCAAUGUAUCUUUUGGCAUCUGUUAAAAUUUGCAUUAUAAUUAAAAGACUUCCUUGAUUGCAUCAACUUAAAUAUG